AUGUCAGAAACACCUCACGGUGGCUUCUUGUGCCAUAGUUGCCGGCGCGGACCGUUCAGCCCCGAAGCAUGGAAGCAACUCAAUCCGAAGGGAGUCGUCGAGGCCGCCCAGGGCGGUAGGUACCACGACGUGCCGGAGUACUCAUACGAAGUGACCGUUGCAGCAAUCAAAGAUUCCGUCACAAUGAAGUGCUGGUGGUGCAGCAAUAUUUACGAUAAAUUGGGGACUGGCUUUUUGGAUUCGUUCUCAGACGAUCACUCUUUGGGCUUAUUCAUGGGAUUUGAAGGAUUCGAUCCUGAAGUUGCUUCACAGUGGAUUCGAGAGUGCCGCCAGAAUCACGUGGGAUGCAAAGUAAAGGACAAUCUUCCCCGCCCAACGAGGAUUCUUGAAGUCUCACAAGAUUUGAAAGACAUUCACAUGAUAACUGAAUACUCCGCGGAUGCCGAUUACGCGUUUCUAUCUUAUAGAUGGGGUGGACCGCAGCCUCUUCUCUUGGAGACCGAUACUGUACCCACCUUUCAAGAUGGCAUACCAAUUGAAAGUCUUCCCGCGACAUUGCAGGACGCAGUUCAGGUUGUCAGAAGUUUGGGUAUCUCAUACAUCUGGAUCGAUGCUCUUUGCAUCAUUCAAAACUCUCACAAGGAUGUCACUACAGAAAUAUCUCGAAUGGCGGGUUAUGUGCAACAGGCUGAAAUAGUCAUUCAGCCGUCAGGACUACAUUCCGUAAAUCAGCAUUUCCUUCGUGAAGAUGGUCAUGAUUCUAAGCCCACGGACGCGGAAAGACCCCGCUUUCUGGAACUCUCUGUUCCCAAUACCGAUGAUCAGAAUUACCCCAUUCUUCUUGACCCAGAUCCCGAUUGGUAUGAUGCCCGCAACGAACCAAUCAAUACCCGAGGCUGGGUACUUCAAGAGAGAUUAUUGUGCCCACGCAUUCUAAUAUUCCCCAGCACUGGCGGCAUGGUUUGGCAGUGCGAAGAAUUUGAAUCUAGGCAUGGAAGGCUACACUACGGCUAUACGCUGCAUGAGGGCCGACAUUGUAUAUUUUCUGGAUGGAGCUUAAAUCAAGGCUUUGUUCCAAAGUCAGAUCUUACACCGGAACACGUCUUCCAUGCAUGGGUGAGUGUGGUGGAUGACUAUUCGAUGCGGGACUUAACAGACCCCAAUGACAAGCUCACCGCCAUCUCGGCGCUGGCUCAGUACUUCUCGGACGAGUUCGGACAUAUUUUGGGCAGGUACUGCGCUGGACUCUGGUACAACUGCAUCGAUAUACAUUUGCACUGGUCGACUACCUGGAAGCGUGGCCAUGCCAUACCCGGGAUCAGCCUUCCCGCGAAGCGGGCUCCAUCGUGGUCCUGGGCCACUACAGACAAAGCCAUGUAUUUGGGGCGCUUGCAGGGAGGAAAUAUAACCGAAUUCCGACCACGAGUAUUGGAUUGCGAGAUAGACCUGGUAACGCCUGAGCUUCCAUUCGGGCGCGUCACCGGAGGCCGAUUAACUUUGGAAUGUAUUGUGGUCGACGUGAUCCUGCAUCCGGAAGGUUGCGUCUUUGAAAUGGGAUCUGAAGCAGAAGCUAUGGAGUCUAUUAUCGGCGCUCAAGACAUCGGCUCUGAUGAUUCGUGA